AUGUCAUUUAUGUGGAGUUCUGCUUUGGCCCUGAAGUCUGCUCAGCUCCCUGUGUUUAGACGGAUGCCUUUCAUAGCUGCCUGGAACGCACCAACAGAUCAUUGCUCCAUCCGAUAUAAUAUCACAAUCAGCUUAAGAGUGUUCCAUGUGAUUGGAAGUCCAUUUGCCAAAGCAAGAGGACAGAAUGUGACCAUCUUUUAUGUCAACAGGCUGGGAUAUUAUCCCUGGUACACAUCACAAGAAAUCCCAAUCAACGGUGGCCUCCCUCAGAAUUUCAGCUUGAAAAUGCACCUGGAGAAAGCUAAUCAAGAUAUUAAUUACUAUAUUCCUGAUAAGGAUUUCACUGGGCUGGCAGUCAUAGACUGGGAACACUGGAGACCACAGUGGGAGCGUAACUGGAACACAAAAAAUAUUUACAAGAGACAGUCGAGGAAACUAAUUUCCAAACUGCAAGAGAAUAUUUCUGCAAAUGCUAUUGAACAUUUAGCUAAAUUUUCUUUCGAAAAAUGUGCUAAGGCUUUCAUGAAAGAAACAAUUGAACUGGGGAUUAAAAGCAGGCCCAAGGGCCUCUGGGGAUAUUACUUAUAUCCUGACUGCCACAAUUACAAUUUCCAUGAGCAGAACUAUACUGGCUCAUGUCCAGAAAACGAACUCAUGAGGAAUAAUGAACUCUUGUGGUUGUGGAAUAGCAGUGCAGCAUUAUAUCCCUCCAUUGGCAUUAAGAAAUCCCUCGGGAGCAGUGAAAACACGUUACGCUUUUCACAGUUUAGAGUGAAAGAAUCCAUGAGGAUUUCCUUUAUGACCUCACAUGAUUAUUCCCUCCCAGUAUUUGUAUACACUCGACUGGACUAUAGAGAUCAGCCUUUGUUAUUCCUUUCUAUGGUAAGCUCUCUGGAGGUCAUCAAUUUUGUGGCUUCUUCUACCGUGGUUUUGUGGUGGAACCGAUAUAGACAUGGCAUUGAACAGCCUUCCCAUAAUUUGCAUAUUUCUUCUUUUUUGCAGUCUAAUUGUACAAAGGUGAAGGAAUUCAUCACUUCUAAAUUAAAUCCCUACAUCACCAAUGUAACCAAAGCUGCGGAGGUAUGCAGCCAGCAUCUGUGCAGGAAUAAUGGAAGGUGCAUACGAAGAAAUUGGAAAGCUUUGGAUUAUCUUCAUUUAAAUCCUCAGAAUUUUCAAAUCAAAGCUUCAAAGAAUGGAGUUACUGUGAGAGGGGUAGCAUCUUCAACUGACCUUCAAACAAUGUCUGAGAAAUUCACUUGCCAUUGUUAUCAAGGAUUUGAAGGAGCUGAUUGCAGGGAAAUCAAGACUUUUGGCUGGCAACCAGGACACUCUGUCAGUUUAAUCUCAUCCAGAAUAGUAAUUAUGAUUAACUUGGUUUCCUUCAUCUUUUUAAUUGUUGAGAUUUCUUUUUGACAAUGGCAAAGUAGUAAUUCCCCGUAAGAUCUGUUGUUCCAGAAGAGCAAUAGAAAUAUAAAGACAGUUAUCCUAUGAAUUCUUAUUUCGAUGCAUGAGGUUGUAGACACACAUAAAACCAUAGUUUAACUCACCUUGAUACAGGGAUCUUGGCGUGCAACAGGCAAACUUCUGCAUUGGUUUAUGUUACUUGUA